AAACUUGACAUUGCCAUCAGCUCUUCUAUCAAACCCAACUUAACAGGAUAUACAUUGGUAGGAGAGGACAAAAUCAACUAUAGAUCACCUACGUACUACUAUGAUCUGAAAUCAAAGGAAAGCGAGGAACACCAUAGUCCUCAAUACUCCAUCACAUUCUUCCAUUUGGGCUCGAAGCUUUCCGGGCAUGAGGGUAUUGUACACGGUGGCUUAAUUGCCACAUUAUUAGAUGAACUUACAUGUGGCGUGGCGUUUUUGAAUUUUGAAUCCAAGAGAGGAGUUACUGCUAAUUUGAACGUCAACUACCGUCAGCCCGUAGUUGUGAACUCAUAUGUUUUAGUGAAAUGUGAAAUCAUUAAGAAGGAGGGUAGAAAAUGUUGGGUAAAGGGUAGUGUCUUUAAAAUUGAAACUGGGGAGGGCGAGGUUGGAGGCCCCGAAAUUGUGGAAUCUCGUGCUAAUUUAUUGACAGAGGCCGAAGUUCUAGUGAUAGAGCCUAAAUGGGUUGAGAAGUUGACCAAGAAUAGUUGA